UCUGCCUGUAACACCUGUGUAUUGUUUGAGUACUGAGUGUCGUGUCAACUACAUAGCAUCUGAAGAUGUGCAGCAUAGCAGCCCUCAAGGAGAACUAUCAGAAGUUCAACCCCAAAGCCUACCUGAAAAACAAUUAUAUGCCCCCGCGGGCUGACUUCAGCACUGAAGACUGUGUCGUCCCAUGGAAGCUGCGGUGCCUGGCCGAGGCAUUUGAAACAGGGAAUAUUCAAGGUCGAACACUGAUGGAUAUUGGCUCUGGCCCAACUAUAUACCAGCUCCUGAGUGCCUGUGAUUAUUUUGAUGAAAUUGUAAUGACAGAUUUCUUAGAAAUUAACCGUGAAGAAAUCCACAAAUGGCUUCAAAAUGACCCUGACAUAUUUGAUUGGAGCCCCUACAUUAAGCAUACAUGCAAGAUUGAAGGAAAAGGUGAACUGUGGACAGAAAAACUAAGAAAACUGAGAGAAAAAGUGAGGUGCAUCUAUCCAAUUGAUAUCCACCAAAGAAGACCUCUCCAUCCUGUUAUUAUGAAACCAGUCGAUGCUCUUGUGUCUACUUUUUGUCUGGAAGCUGUUAGUCCUGAUAAAGAAAGUUUUGACAAAGCCUUAGAAAACAUCACAACCCUCUUAAAACCCAAGGGUUACUUUCUCAUGAUAGGAGCACUUCAUGAGACGUAUUACAUGGCAGGUGAAGCCCGGAUACCUGUCCUAGCCGUAAACGAGCAGGAAGUAAAAGAAUCUCUAAUCAGCUGUGGGUACAAGAUUUGCAUCUUCAAAACAUACACCAUGCCAACCAGCCUAAAAAUCGGUGUGGAUGAUGUGCAAGAGAUAUUCUUUGUGCAGGCACAGAAAAUGUAAUUCUGUAUUUAAGAAAUGCAAUGCAUAUUCAAUAAAAAAAUUUCAGUAAAGUAGCAUUGAAAAUUCAGAUAAAAUGUCUGGCAUGCUUUGAAAUGUCUUUUAUUUGAUGAUUUUCCUAUUUUGCAUUACAUCCAGGGUUGUUUUCAACACAGAAACAAUCAGAUGUAAACUGUAAAUGAAUCAAGAUGCUACCAUUUAAAUCCCUGCAAAGCUGCUACAAUUAGCCCAUCAAACAUACAUGCAUUUCAGCUGGUAAUCAGUUAUAUUUUAUCAUCCAGAGAUAUGAUUACUAAAUACUGAUGUACAGUUAAAUAAUCUGCUUUUAUAUUAUUUCAUUUUACAUUAAGUUUCAGUCCUCAUGCUCCAGGCUGUGUCAAAGGAUUGCUGGUAAUAAAUGAUAAUAAGAAUUAUAGAGCUAUCCUUUGCUGGUCAGUAGAUACAAGGGGACAAUUUGUACUUAAAGACAAAAGCUCUGUUGUACCAUAUCUUUUAUGUCAGGGAUUUGAGUUUUGGUGUCUUAGCAUUCCACUCUUGAGGUAUAUUAAAUUUAAGAUAAAAUCCUGCUGCUAAACUGCUAAAAGUAACAGUUUUCACUCCCAUCAUUGAUGUGGCUUCAGCCAUGAAUUUGUGACUUUUUUUCUGUGAGGUGCAUCUCAUAGAAUGAUUGAGUAAUCAUUUAUCUUUGCAAGAUCAUAGCAACAAACUGCAGAUCGCAUCUGAUGUAUGCUGUAAGCUUCAACCAUAUGUGCAUAAUCCUACUGCAUAUUGAAUGUGUGCUGCUUAUAAACAGACCAACACAUGCUUUUUGGCAUCUGCUCAUUUCUGCAUAGUGUGAAAAGUUGUGUAACUGGAUGACUAACAAUACAGGUGGUGGAUAAAUAAACUAAUACAUACAUCCCAAACUGGA